UUACAACUUCUGCCAAUAAGGGUGCUGUCGCAACCAGCACUAUUAAUGUGCUCAACACUGGUACCUCUAGUGAUGGCUGUGCCACCUUCAUCAGUACAGGCAUUGCCACUGCACCUUGUAUACAAGCCCCUGUAGUCACCUGCACUGCUAGUCCCACAAUCCCCAGUAUCAUCAGUGCCAAUGCUCUUUGUACUUCGACUACCACUGGCCACAGGACUGGAACCACUGCCCUCUUACUGGUUGCCAGUGCGACCAUCCCUACCGUUGUCUCCACUGCCACAACCACCAUCACCACCACCACUCGUAAUAUUACGACUACUAGCAGCACUAGUACCGCAACUAUCAAUAGUACUUCGAACUCCACCACAAGUACUAUUGUCAACAAAAGUGGUGCCUUUGUUACGUCUCCUACCACAGAAACUGCUGUCACUACCACUGCUGGUUCAGCUGCCAUUACAGAUACCAAUCUUGCUGCUGUUAACAUCGUGUUCACUGCUGUUACUGCUCUUGCCAGUAGCAGUUCCACUACUGAUAAAUCUGCCAUGAAAGUUACCACUAACGCCCAUACUGCCCCUGCUACCAUCAUAACUGCCAUCGCCACCAGCACCAGAUCCUCCACCAAACCCACAGUUAGUGCUGUGAACGUAAGAAGUACUUCUAAUAGUUCUACAUUUAGCACGUGCAGCAGCACCACCACCCCUUACAGAAACGGUAGCGCGUGUAUUGACAGUCCUCCUCCAGCUGCUGUUAACCCUCGUGUCACCACCCUUUGUCACAAUCACGUGAAAGGGGAUAAAGGCAAUAAAUCUCUACAGUGUUCCGAAAGCACAUUUGUCCCAAUCAUUACCGUAGCAGCAAAGCCAGCUGGUGGAAUAAGGAUGAAGACUGAAGAUGUCACUCAUAAAGAUGAUAGCCAUGCGGGUGGAAAAAAUAAUCAGACAGAAAAGCUCGUCAAACGACAACAGCCAAAAACUACCAAAAUAUCUGAUAAUUCAAAGUUUGUGACUGACAAACCAAUGACUUGUACAUCAGUUGUAACAUCGUAUUCUGCAGCGAAGAGCUCUGAUUCAUCGUCUCCAGGAAUGACAUUACACAAGCAUCAAGAUAAAGGUGCCUCGUGUGCAUCAAAUUUGCCAUGUGCUUCAGAAAGCCCUGCAGUGCUGACUCCUGUGUGUGCUGCGCCCUUAGAUUCUAAUAUGGAAACCUCCAACUCUGGUCUUCCCAAACCCAAAGCGCCUGUCUUGGAAACUCCAAUUAAAGAAUCUGCAACUUCAGUUCAGAACCAAGGAGAAUCUGUGGAACCCUCAACCGUAAAUGUGUCAUCUCAGGGAUCUGCAGAACCUGUACUUAAUGCGCAAAAUGAAGAACCGUCUUUGACAAUUGAGGAAGAAUUGUUUGAUGAUUGUUCUGAGAAGAGUGAAGAAAUUACACUUUUGAACAAAAUUGAGAAAGUAGCUUCUGAUGCAGAAGACAAUGCACCCCGCCUUUUGAUUACUCUGAAACCAGGAGAAGCUGGAGGUGAAUCGAUAUUAAGUUGGAAAGGCUGUAGAGAAGUUAUUGGUAAUGAUGGCGUAUGGUCUGUAGCAAAUGUUGAGACUGUAGAUGAUAAUGUGGAAAAUACUACAGUUAAGGGUAAACGGUCUUUGAGGAGUAAGGUGCCACAGAAACCUGUUCCGGAGCCGGAAGUAGUAGGUGUAAAACGUUCAGCGAGGCGUAGGUCAAGGGACUACCAUUGUGAAACUGUGUUGCAGAGUGCUAUUGCAAGGAAGGAGAAGUCAUUUAGCAGUUUAGUUCAGUAUGAUGAGAGAGCUGCUGCAAACCGCAUCUCUCGACAGAACAUGAAAUCUGCUGCUGGUAAGCGUGCUGCGGCUGAGGCCAAAAAGUUAAGAGGUAAAGGUGCCAAAGCAGCUCAGAAGAAUUUGACUACCCAAGAGCAACUAAAAAAUUUAAUAAAUCUGAACAAAGCAAGGAAGUCGGAUAUCCAGACUAGAACAGUUACAAGAUCACAGCUGUUUUCUAGUUUCGGAAUCACAUCUCCCGUUUAUAAUGAAAUCUCAAUGGAUAUUUGUUCUCAGAGAACUUCCAAUUUGUCUAUGAACUCCAGUGCACAGACUUACACUAAAACUGGAAAGAGGCGGUAUAAACCUUACAAGGGAUUAAGAUACUCUCUCAGUAGCAACAAUGCGAAGAAAAAUAAGCUUACACGUCAUCAACGAACACUGAGUGAUGCAGACGGAGCCGGUAAUGAAAUAGUUGGUAGACCAAUGGUGGCAAGGAAAUCAGACAGAUCACAAACACUUAAGGGCUUUGAAACUGGUACUUACGCACUUGCAGCUGAGGACUUCUCUCUCUUCAGGAGUGGACCUCCAAAUCUACCUCGCUCCAUGAAGAACAGCCGCGUGGCAGAUGUGUAUGUGUAUGAAAGUGACUGUGAGAGUGAUAUCUCCAGUAUAAUUGAUGUUGGUUCACCAGAAAUUAAGCGAGAGAUUUUAUCAGAUGAUGAUGGUGGUGGUGGUGAUGUUGAGGAGGAGGAGGAUGAGGAUGAGGAAAAAUACACAGAUUUUAAGAGAAAAAGAUUUUGUUAUGACAAAUCAUCACUGCCUCCACAAAGAGGGAGAAGAAAACUGCAUACUGGCAGGGGAGGAGAACUAUCUGAUGAUGAUGUCAUGUCUCAACCCAUACCAGAAGUGUCCACAUCCUCAUCAAAGGGAACAGCUGAUGGAAUUCUGUGUUACUGUCAAAAGUCAACAUCACUGUAUGCGGCAAUACAGUCACAGAAGACUUCUGUAAUGUAUUGCCAAGCAAUGGAUGCACUUGAUGAACACGUGAUUGGAUGUGCAGAAGUCGUUCAAGUGAAGAAUGUUUGCCUGAGACGUGCUGGAGUCCGCUGUCCCUUUGUUCUUUUGUGUGAAGUACACAAGCAGCGCCUGUUGAGGCACAUGUGUUGCCCUGGAUGUGGUAUUUUCUGUACACAGGGGAACUUUGUUAUGUGCAAUGGUAAGCACUUCUAUCACAGAGAGUGCCAGGUUACAAAAGGAGGAGUUUUAUCAUGCCCACAUUGUGGUGAAGUCUCUCCUCCAGUGGACUGUACUCUGACUCUGAGUACUCUGAAAACUCCAGUGUACCUUCCUGAACUGAAACCACCAAGAAAAGAAUCAACUGCUAGAAUGACAGUUAAGGAAUCCAGCAGGAAAAACAUAAUUGAAGAGAGAGAAAAAGGGAUGACAUUACCACUUGACAAGGAAAAACUCACACAGUUGGUUAACACAGCUUGCAGUAUGCAGGUUGUUUCAGAGCAAGAAAUAAACACUUCAAGGAGCAUGGAGGAAACACUGUUUAUUGCUGCAAAGACGGGGAAUGCAGAGAAGAUACUGCAAGCUCUGGCUUCGGGAAUAGCUGCUAACCAUGCGUUUGAAGAAGCUAAUAUGGGAAGUGCACUCCACAUAGCAGCUAGUGAAGGGAACCUUGCUGCAGUCCACAUAUUGCUACAGUCUGGUGCACAGAUAGAUUUAAUGGAUCAGGACCAAAAUACACCUCUCAUACUAGCAGCACAAGCUGGCCGUAAUGCCAUUGUGGAGUAUUUAAUAAAAGCUGGUGCAUCAGUUACAUUAAAGGGAGGUGACGGCAUGACUGCGUUACAUGUGGCUGCAAAAACAGGAAAUCUUGAGGCUUGCCAGUACUUACUGUCAGUACCAAACACCAAAAAUAAUUUUGUGGAUACAAUUGAUGAUGGUGGCUGGACUCCAUUGGUUUGGGCUACAGAGAACUGUCAUGCUGAUGUUGCAAGGUUCCUGUUGAAAAAAAGAGCAGACCCACAUAUAAGAGAUGUGGAACAAAAUAUAGCUCUUCACUGGUCAGCAUUUUCUGGUUGCAUGGAUGUAUCAGAAAUGUUAAUAAACUAUGGAUCUGAAGUUAACUCUGUAAAUAUACAUGGUGAUACACCUCUGCAUGUUGGUGCUAGGCAAGAUAAAUAUGACUGCGUUCUAAUGCUCUUGUCACGGGGAGCGAGAGUUGAUGUUGUAAAUAGUGCUGGCAACUCACCACUUGACUGCUGUGUAAAAAGAAGCAAUGAAUGUUAUACUGCAAUUAAACUUAACAUUCUCCUUGGAAAUGUGGUUCUGAAUGUACGUGAACCAAGUGAGAAAAUCUUAUCCAAUGACAUAUCACGUGGAAGAGAAAUGAAUCCAAUUCAAUGUGUAAAUGGUGAAGAUGAUGAGGAAGAGCCUAGCGACUACACAUAUGUGAGCAAAAACUGUUUAACAGCUAAUAUUAGUAUUGACACUGCUGUAACGUCAUUACAGUCUUGCCUCUGUACAGAUAAUUGCUCAAGCAAUCGCUGCACUUGUACAUUUAUGAGUGAACAGUGUUGGUAUGAUGAUGAAGGAAAAUUAGUGCCUGAAUUCAACUAUACAGAUGCACCAAUGAUUUUUGAAUGCAACCAGUGCUGUGGUUGCAACCAAUCAACAUGCAACAAUCGAGUUGUGCAGCAUGGAUUUACUGGCCGGUUUCAGCUGUUUCGUACUCAGAGGCGUGGCUGGGGUGUGCGUACCCUCACUGCCAUUUCCAAAGGCUCAUUUGUUUGUGAAUACAUUGGAGAGAUCAUUACAGACUGUGAAGCUGAUAACAGAGAUGAUGAUACUUACCUCUUUGAUUUGGAUAAUAGGAGAAGACACUUUGGCCAUAACUCAGUAAAUGAGCGUAAAAAUUCAGUAGAAUUGGUUUCCUGCAGUUUGAACCCACAGGAACGUCUAGGCAAAACUCCUCAUGAUGGAGAGACAUACUGCAUUGACGCUCGGUAUUAUGGUAACAUUUCUCGUUUCAUAAAUCACAUGUGUGCACCAAACCUAUUGGCAAUAAGAGUAUUUGUAGAACAUCAAGAUGUCCAUUUCCCACGGAUGGCCUUCUUUGCCAACAGGGAUAUAGAACCAAAUGAGGAACUGGGGUUUGACUAUGGCGAUAAGUUCUGGGCUGUGAAAUGUAAAUCAUUCACGUGCUCUUGUGGUGCAGAAAAUUGUAAAUAUUCUGAAUCUACUUUCAGGAAAACAUUGAAUUUAUCAGGUGCAUCAGAACAGUGACUGCCAAACAAGUUUUUGUCAGUGAAGCCUAGUGAUAGACUUCAGUGGAACAUUACAGUCUAAAGCAGCGUUUAUUGACAAAAUGUGAAAUUUUUUCACCAGAGGACAUGUUAAAUAGGCCAAUACACUCUUUCUGUAUUGUUGUAUGCAUGUGAACUGAUGUUACGUGAAGGAAAUAGUUAUUCUGUGGUUAGAAAUUAAAGUUUCUAAACUGUUUGUUGAAAGUUUAUAUGGUCCAUGAUUUUGUAUUCAUCGUACAGAAUUUUCUACAGAUGUCUUUUAAGUGUUGUGUAAAGUGAUGUUGGCUGUAACAUGUAUAAAUGUUUAGUCCAGUUGCUUAAACCAGGGUAGAUAAUCUCAAUGAAUUUGUGUUUAAAGUUACUACAAAUAAAUGUCUGAAGGUCUUGAGGUUUGGUCCAGUUUGUAUAGAACCCAAAAAAGUUACGCAAUACCUGUCAAAUGAAACUUUGUAUUAUUGUACAACCUGUAAGAUAUUGAUCUCCUUGUGCUCAGUGUGCUAAUUCACAUCACACAAAGUGCAAUUUUGCCUUAUUUCUUUUUUAUCUUUGUUAAAAUGUUAGGUUACAGUUAUAAAAUUUUGUAUUUAUAUUUGUCUCCUUAAGUUCUAUUCCACAGAUUUGGUUUCUUGAAUGUGUUCUGAUGUCAUAUGUGAUGCUAAACAAGUGUCUUUAAGUACUCAGUUGCUUUAAAAAUGUAAAUUUGAACAGAUUGAUCAUGAUUUUGUACAUACAUUUCGUUAUUUGUGAUGAUUUUUUUCUUGAAUGCUUGGAAAUUAAUUAUGCCUAUUCAUGUUGUCAUGAUGAAUUUUGAAACAGCUGUUGUUUUUAUUGCAAUGCUGCUGGAAAUUGGUCUAUUUUAUUCAU